AUGGAUGCACUUUCAGCAACAUUUCGUGAGUUGGUGGAAGCUGCUGAUGAAGAUAUGGUCGCAGCAGGUAAUUUCACACAGUGCCCGACGAUUGAAGCAUUAAAGAAAUUUGGAGUGGAUUAUCGAAAGAAGAUGCGUUUUGAUGAAGAUGUGUUCAGAGAAUGUCGAAUUCUAAGUUGCUUUUAUCGCAAAGAAGAUACUACAUCUGAAAAAAUUUUAGGUAAUGAAUCGGAAAAUAUGACGACCGCUUCUUCAUCAAACAAAUCGAAAUCAUCUUCUAAAGCUCCAAGCGAGAAAAUCUCAAUCAAUGAAUCAUCUCGUUCCAGCAUAAGAGAUUCAUUAUCAUCAUCUGAAGCGGCUACCAAGGUACGUCAUGAAUAUUCUAAUGAUAUUUCAAACAAUUUAGAUGUGCCGAUGAACAAUGAUCAUCAACAAAGUGAAAUUUCAAUGGAAAUCAGUUUGAACACAAGUUCAUCUUCAAUACUAACAAACACUUUGAUUGCUGUUAACGAAGCAGACAAAGUGACAACUAAUCAAUUAUCAAAAUAUCUGUCCAUCAACAUCCAAACUCAUCCAGAAGCAACAAUCAACGGCUUUACAUUGAAAUGGCCCAAAUUUGAAGUUAAAAAUGUUCUAUUUAAAGGUAAUAAAGAAAAAAACUAA